AUGGCCGAAGCGGCGCAGAUGCGGGCCGAAGCGGAGGAGGCUCGUCGACAAGCAGAGGACGCGCAGCGCGUGAAGACCUCCGAGGCAAAAGCACGAGCUGAUGCAGAAAGGCGCCAGGCAGAAGCCGAGGAGGCCAUGAAGGUCGCUGCCAAGCAGGCCACUGAAGCGGCCGCCGCCGCCAAGGCGCAGGCUCGGGCUGCAUCCGAGGCGGUGCGCUCCGCUGCCGGCUCUCAGGUGGCUUCAACUGAAGUCGUGAGCGACGCCGAUGCAGCGAGGCGUUCCGAAGAUCUGCGGCAGCAGGCGCAGGAGGAACUCCAGCGUGCGCAGGGAAGCGGUGUGCCACAGCUGCCCUUGUCGCAGCUGGAGCAGAAUCGCUCCACGCUUAUUGUCUCAGCUACGGAUGCAGCUCAGAUGGGAGAGCUCAGUUCCCGGAGUCUCGGAAAGAUCUCCGCCACGCGGAGCGAGGUUCUGAGAGAUGUCUUCGACACCGCAGCAAUUAGCCUGGUGGCCGACAUUGUCGAUGAGUCUCUUCUCCUUACAGAGGAGGCUGCAAGGGCCAAGGCAAUAUCGGAGGAAGCUGAGGCAGCGGCACUUGCCGCCGCAAUGGAGGUUGCCCUGGAGGAAGAGGCAAUGGCAAAGAGGCGAGCAGAGGCAGAGGAGAGAGCGCGUGCUGAGGCCACUGCGGCCGCACAAGCUGCUGAAGAGGUCCGCAUUGCCCAGGCAGAGAUGCAGAUGGCAUCACGGCUCGCGCAGGAGGCGGCAGCUGCUGCCAAGGCAUUCGGCAUAGCAACCGACAGAGUAAACGUGGCAAACCAGUUUGCAGAAGCCGGCGACGUGCAGAAAGUGCGGGAGUUUAACAUCGUGCUGAAAUCUUAUGCCAAUGCCGCUGAUCUGCUGGGAGCGGAGGCCUGGUAUAGGCGGAUGCUCUCCUCGAAAGUGAGCCCCAAUGUCAAAACUUUCGGAAAGCUCUCCAAAAGCGCAGCCAAAGCUCGGCAGCCUUUGAGUGCCGAGCGGUGGUUCUUCCGGGCCGCAGAGCGUUCGCCGGUGUCCUCCGUACAGUUGGGGACGCUUCUGGACGCUUGCAAAGAGGAUCCUCAACGUGGGGAGUGUUGGCUUCGCCGAAAAGAGCAACUGAAUCUGGAUCUAAGUCUCCCUGAGUCCACGAGGUCCGUUGCAGCUUACGGGGCUUCCGUGGCAGCCUGGGCAAAGGCCGGCGACCUCCGGAGUGCGGAAAUGGCAUUUCAUCGAGCAGUCCGUGAAGGCAAGGGUGCUGUCACCUCGCAGCUUUGGGCAACCUUACUGGAUGCAUACUCCAAAAGCGGCGCAACCGCGAAGGCUGCAGAAUGGUUCCAGGCUGGUCUUGACAUGCAACUUAAACCUUGCGCCGUCAGCUACACAUCUCUUAUGGAUGCUUUUGCCCGAACCAGGGACAGUCCGGGUGCUGAGAAGUGGAUGCUGGCACUGAUUCGGGACGGCAUCCGAUUGGAAAACCCGUCGUGCGUGGUCCUUCUGGGAUCCUGGGCAAAGAUGGCAGAAGUUGAGCGUGUGCAGGCUUGGAUGGGGCGACUGCAAGCUGCAAAGGUGCAUUUGGACAUAAUGGCACACACGGCUCUCAUCUCGGCUUGCGCCGCAGCUGGAGACGCUGAAAAGGCGGAAGCGGUGCUUGAGGAGCUUUGCACCGCUGGACUCCGGCCGGAUGUGGUUCCUCAUACGGCGGUGGUCCAGGCUCACCUGAAGUCGCAUCAUCCGGAACGCCUCGCUCGCGCGUGCAACGCCAUGGAGCGGAUGAUGAGCGAUGGGAAUGAACCAAAUGCGCUGAGUUUCGGUCUCCUGAUUGGAGGCUUUGCAUCCCAAGGCCAGACUGCUGAAGCAGAAGACUGGUAUGCAAGAAUGAGGUGGAAUCUCAGAUCUGCUGACCUUGUCGCACACAAUGCCGUAAUCAAUGCUGCAGCCAGAGCAGGUGAUGCGUUUCGAGCUCAUCUCUGGUGGGAGCGGCUGGAAGCUUGUGAGCUCCUGGCAGAUGCGACAAGCAUGAACACCGUGCUGGAGGCCCUCGUCCGCGCUGCUCCGGAGGAGGCUUCGAUCUCUUAUCAGAGCUUGAAAUGUCGGAGUCGGAGAGACAUUGCCUGGCCGACAGAAGUGACCUUUGCCAUCCUGAUGCGCCCCUUCGCCUUAAGAGGAGACCUGAAAAGCGUGGACAGCCUUUGGCAGCAGAUGGUCAGCGAUGGCAUCCGGCCGCAGCCCUGCAAUCUCUGGGCAGUCCUUUCAGCUUGCGCCAACUCACAACCGAUGUUGCCAGACACGGCGGUGCAGCGAUAUCAGGACUGGGUGCAACAGGGCGGCAGCACGGACCGUCAUGUUGUUUCUGCACUCCGUGCAGCUUUGGGGGACAAAAAGCUCGAGAGAACGAAAAUAGAAUGGUCUUUCCCAAAGAAGCAAAGGGGUCUAUGUUUGCAUUUUUUGUUGCUCUCUCCUGAAACUCGCAUGGUGCACGGUUCUCCCUGCACUGGAGCCGAUACUACUACUACUACUACUACUACUACCACUACUACUACCACUACUACUACCACUACUACUACUACUACUACUACUACUACUACUACUACUACUACUACUACUACUACUACUACGGCGACACUCCUGUGGGGACGAGUCGGUUGGGGCUUGGGGUUGCGGACUUUGGCUUUGCUACGUUCGGGGCGAAAGUUUUAG